CGGAAAGGCAAGCACAUACAUACGCGGAGCUACUAGCCUUGACGCCUAGCUGCAGCCAGCAAGCCAGCAUCGCAUCAGCCAGGGUGAUCCCGCCUCCUUGUCCAGCGCCAGUGCUGUGACCAACACGCCGUGAAUGGCCCAAUCGCCGUGCCUGGACACCCGACGACCGUUGCUCCUCGUCCUUCACCUGCCCAGGGUCUGCACACUUGCGGAGUCAACCCGGCACUUUGCUAGGAAACACCCGCUGCGCCAGCUCCGAUGCUCGUCCAUUUCCAUUCAUCUGCGCGCGAGGUACUUGGAUACAACGCAAACAGUGGAAAUGGACGUUGACCUCCACUACUGCAACACUCCGUCCGUUACAAGGUUAGUU